AUGAAUAGGAACGAAGAAAUUCUUUCCAAGGCGACGCCUAACUUUAUAUACAAAUUUUUCACCGAACCCAGCUCACAGGAAAGCAUAGGCUGGUUAAACUCGCAGGUAACGUUAAUAUGUUUCAGUCAAAUGAAUGCUGGGGCCAAUCAGAUUUUUUUAAAAGUCAUCGAUGGAACCAUCCCGCCGCAGUACUAUGCCAUUCUACACGUGGGGGCGGAGGAACGAGGCAUCACCACUACCCCCCUCUCCUAUGUAAAGAAAUUGAUAGCCAUAGAAAAUUUCUCCAUCACAAAUUACUAUGGGAAGCUUUUCAUACUAACAAAAAAGCUUAGAGUGGUUAUGAGUGUAGACCACCUGGAUAUUGAGGACCUCUUUAGGAGGUACCAGCUGCAGAGUAUUUCCUACCUGCUACUCAACACAAAAGGGGAAAACGGAUCUAAGGAUGGGGGCUCUGGAGCCGUCAGAAAAUACAACGGAGAGGGGAAAGCCAAAAUCAGCAACAUUAUUUCCCCCUAUUCAAAUGAACACGGAAAUGAGGACAAAACGAGGGAAUGUAAUUAUUACCCCCGUGGAGGGAGCGCAGCAGGAACAGAAGCACAAUACAGUAAUAAUGUCAUCCCCCCAGCUAGAUAUUCCAAAUUGAGUGAUCGCCAGGAAGGGGACACCAGAGCUGACAACUACGACAGGUGUCAACGGGUGUCGGGAGAAAAUUUGAUCAGGGAGCCGAUGGCCAAGAAUGGCACUGCUGCAUAUGGGGAGAGACAGCCCUAUGUGGAUAAAUCCUCUUACGUGGAGAGGCCUCCGUAUAGGGAAUCGCUCGCCGGAAGGGACGCCCCACAAAACUACCACCCCGGCAGAAUGACAGAAGAUACGGGAAGGGGGAAGCAAUUCCCUAAAAGAUUGAGUGACCCCCCCCUCAACACGGCCAAGUUCGCGCAUGGGGAGAGUUCCAUCGGUCGUGAUUAUCUCCCGUACGGUGCAAACGAAUUGGAAAGGAACCCCCACGAGGCCACAUCUCUCUUGCACCAAAAGAACCCCAUUUCGCAGAGGGAGGAGAGCCAGCCCUACAACAAACGAAACAACACCACAGUGUAUGACCCGAACGGAGCAAACAGUGCAAAUAGGGAAAAUAGUGCUUAUCGAAGGAACCAUUACAGUAGCGGUAAGAGCAGGACGCAAAACAUUGCAGGAGAGCUGAACAACAGCAGAAGCGGAAACAGUUACGACCCCGGAGUCGGACCCCUCAUGGGCUCAAGCGUGUACAGAGAAGAACCUCCUUUGGAGGAAAACAUUAGUAGAAGUCACCCCAAGCCGCACACGAGCAAUCCGAAAGCCUAUAUGUACGAGGGGGAAAUGGGGGAAGGACCAGCUGGGUCGGGAGCAGCCACCCCCGGGGAGUAUAAGGGUCGAUAUGCCCUCACUGGGAAUAACCCAGAGAGGGGGGGCCCCCCCGAACAGAGGAGCUAUUACCAAAGUGGAAGAGGGAACAGCAACAUGAGCAAGGGAGGAAGUGGAGCGCGUGACGACUAUUACUACCCUCCCCGUGAUGCAGAAGAGGGUGAUAACUCCAGAAACGUGGAUGAUGAGGCUUAUUACGGAAGGGCGGGGGCCCAACACAGGAAUGGCAUAGGAAGGGGAAACUCUCAUGAGGCGGGCACGAAAAUGGCUGCCGGGGGAAGAAAUGGUCUGAAUUACAACGGAGAGAUGGCGAAGCUUAGUAGGAGCGAAGAGGCAAUACAGGAGAGGUAUGUCCCUUCUGAGGGGGUGACCAAUGGAGGGGAUUACCGUCCCAGGGGGGUGAGCAAUUAUGGCCCUUCUGGUAUAGGAAGCGGGGGCUAUGACAAUAACGGAAGUGGCUACCGGGGAGAGGCGGAAUCCAUCAAGAAGGCGAGGAGGGAAAGUAUGGGGAGUCUACAAGAGACGAAGGAAACACUAAACGACAUGGAGGAGUAUGCAGCAGACAGGAGGUGCGAGACCAAAAGCAUUCUUAAAGAAAAUACCUCCACUAGGAACAACAGGAAGUGUGCCCCAUACCAGCAAAGUAACAAUCCAGUAAUGAAGAUAAAUGACGGCAUUUUAAUGCAAAUAAAUAAGCUGUCCCAAUAUUCAUCCAAGUGGAUAAUCAAGGCGAGGGUUCAGUCCAAGGACAACGUGAGAAGGUUCUACUCAGGAAACAAAGAGGGGAAGGUAUUUAAUAUCGAACUCUGUGAUGAAGAUGGAGAAAUCAAAGCAAACUUUUUUGGAAAGGCAGUGGACAAAUGGUAUGAUUACCUGCAAGUGGGAAAAAUCUAUAAAAUUAGUAAAGGAAACAUCAAGGCAGCCAACAAAAAAUUCAACACACUAAAACAUGACUGCGAGAUUACGCUGGAUGAAAAUUCCAUUAUAGAGUUGUUGGAAGAAAAUGAUAACAUCCCCAAAUUUAUUUACAACUUUGCAUCUAUAGAUACGAUAAAAAAUAUGAACACAGGUUCGCUAGUCGAUGUAAUAGGAGUGGUAUUCACCUUCCAAGAAAUGAUGCAGGUACUGAUCAAGAAGACAGGACAGUACAAAGAGAAGAGGGACUUAAUUCUCAUCGAUGAUAGCAACGAGACCAUCAAUGUAACUCUCUGGGGAGAACAUGCCUUGAAAAUUGAAGAAGGGUACCUAAGAGAUAACAGCAUAAUCUCCUUUAAGUAUUUAAAAGUUGCAGAGUGGCAGGGGAAAAAGCUGGAAUCCCACCCUAAGACCAAGAUUGACGUAAACCCAGAAAUUGAUAGAGCACACAUGCUACAGAAUUGGUGGAGUAGUAACAAAGAGAACCUUUACAGCUCGGUGAAUGUAAACACGAAUAGCUUCAACAUCGAGUUGCAGAAAACCAUUGAAGAAAUUAAAAAGGAUGUUAAUUUGGCUAAUGAAGAUGCUUUAUCAGGGAAAGGGAUCGUUUUUACCACCUUCGGUUUUAUUGAUCAUAUUUAUAACUCCAUCCCGGUGUACUCCGCUUGUCCCGAUUGCAAUAAAAAAAUGAUUAUCAACGUCGUGGAGGAGGAAGAAGACGACAUUGAUUCAUCCCAAAUGAUGGACCAAUCCAUGUACUGUGCCAAGUGCAACAAAAAUAACACCCCCAUAUAUAACUACUACAUAAAUCUGAAAAUUACAGACAGCACGGACUCCUUGAGGGCCUCUGCCUUUGCUGGGUGCGCUCGUACUAUCAUGAACGGCCUGUCCGCCGACGAGUUUAUGGCCCUGAGGCAGGAGUACGUCACGGAUGAGAAUAUCGAGAAUUUCGACCUGAUUGAGAAGGCAAAGCUGAAGGAGUUUUUUUUCCGCAUCAAGGCAUACAUGACGUCCCACAUGGAUGAGCUGAAGAAGAACUACACCAUCAUCGAGAUCAUCCCGCUGAGCAAGCUGCUCGUGGAAAACUGCAGGUAUUUGAUCCGGUCCAUCCGCAGCUUGACGGAGAAGCAGUGA